GGUGAGAUCAUGAAGCUCUAUUUUGUCCAUCGGUUCUCGUCCGACCGUGAAGGCCAAGAAAGGCACCACACCUGUUGCUGUUGAGAUGGAGCAGCACACCAGUAAUCCUACUAAGGAAGAAGCCAAAGAGGAAGAUAACGUUGUGUGUCUUUGUCGAGCAAAACCCUCCCCCAGUUACAUUAAUCUUCAAGCAAAUUCUCCGCCAGCUACUUUCUCGAACACCGAGACAACCAUGCUGCCUUCAGGAGCUGGUGAGAAGCCCAAGGAAUGCCUAGGACUACUCGAGUGCAUGUCUGCCAAUCUCCAGCUACAGACCCAGCUCGCCCAGCGACAGAUGGCUAUUUUGGAAAACUUGCAGACAUCCCUCUCACAGCUGGGUUCUGGGAGGGAGAGCAAGACCUGUUCUCUCCCGGGCUUAUGUUGCAAUCUGUUGUUAAAUCACCUGCCCCAAUUCCAUAAAUGAACUGUGG